CCUGGAGAGCCAUUUACUGAUUGCGCUUGGUGCUGACCCCUACAUAUUCAGCGCAUCGCCCACCCCGCGCCCGUUCUCUCUUUCUCCCCCAUUCUUCAGUACUCCCAGCACCCUCAUUUUCCAGCACUUCUCAGUGAAUCACUGGAUUUCCAUUCCCCUCAACGCGCCAAAACCACCUGGAUUUGCACGCUUUGACACUCUAUCACAGUAACAAAACAGCGCAUCGCGUCCCACUACUCGUUCAACGCGCCCCAUCAAAUCGUCGGCGCAAAACUUCAGGUGAAAGGCACCAGACGCUCAAAUAACAACAUAACCCCUUAUCCCCAAUAUCAUCACCAGAAUCAUGGCUCGCCCCAAGAAGCAACCUGUUGAGAAGCAACAGCAGCAGCAACAGCCUGCUCCCGUUCCCAUCCCUCCUCAACACAUUCAGCAAUACACUCAGCACCCGCAGCCCAUUGCCGCUGUCCCUCAGCCUGCGAUGCCCAUGGCCAUGGCUCCUCCUGUUGGAGUUCCUCAACCUCAAGCUGUUAUGCCUCAACGCGUCGUUGAGGCAGAUAGCUUUCUGCGCGUGAGAGAUUCGGCUGUUGGGCGAUUGACUACUAUUCUUGAGCUUCUCCGAUCUUUCACUGCCGACUAUGUUCGUCAGACAAAUCUCUUGCUUGGUGAGCCGACUGCCGAAGGCUCGCAGGACAACCUCCUCGCCAACUUUGAGCACGCCGCUCAGCAGCUGAUUAUGCCCGUUCCUGAGCUGGCUCCUCCUGUUGAGGAGAAGAAGGAACGCAAGAAGCGAACCAUUGACCCUAACGCCCCGAAGCGUCCCUUGACUCCUUACUUCCUCUACAUGCAGCAUGCUCGCUCCAUCAUCGCUAAUGACCUUGGUUCUGAGGCUCCUAAGGGUGCCGUUCAAGAGGAGGGCCAACGUCGUUGGGCUCACAUGGGGCCACAAGAGAAGCAGGGUUGGAAUAAUGCUUACCAGUACAAUCUUCGCUUGUACAAUGCCCGUGUUCAUUCCUACAAGCACGGUAACCCUCUGGCCAAGAACAUGACUGAUGAGGAGGCCUUGAAGUACGCCGAGGACUUCAACGUCCCGAUGUCUGAGAUCAAGGAUGCUGCUCAGAUCGAAGCACCUGCCGACGACCAGGAUGCCAUUGCUGAACAGCUCCAGGCUGUGGCUGCGGCUCCCGCUAUUGACGAGCCUGAGCAAGCUGAGACCCCUGCUAAGACUCCCAAGAAGGCCACUGGCGGCCGUAAGCGCAAGACAGCCACACCUGCUGCCGCCGCUGAGGAAGCCAAACCUGCCCCUGCUAGCCCUGACAAGAAGCGACGACGCACAUCUACCAAGGCUGCCGCCGCCGAGCCCCAGGAGGAGCCUAAGAAGUCGGGCCGCAAGAAGACUAAGAGCUCUUGAGUGUCCUUCAUCUUUUUUUCUCUUUCUUGACAAGCACUUAGUACGCUUCGGCUUUCUUUACUCUCCGUUGAGCUCCCAUCGCAAACUUACUGUGGGGAAGCAUGAUACCUAAGGAGAGUGCUAUAUACAUAGGGUUCUCUAUAGGCGUUUUGGGGGUAUCUCUUAUUUGCUUGUACUCGUUUUCAGACGGGAUGUUGGGGUUUAGGGGUGGUUAAAACCAGGGAUUCAUCGAUGAUACGGCUGGACAGUUGGCGGGGUUGCUGAGUUGUAUGAUUAUGUUGUUUGGACGUGCACAGCAAUGCCGUAAUGAUAGCAAUGAUUUAUCAUUAAAUCUGAUUAUUCGUGAAAAAGUGAACAGUAGAAGCCGGCACUGCUAGGUGUCAUAAAGCCCC